ACCGGAGGUCGUCGCAUGCCGGUCAGUGAGAUCAUUUGCGAUAAAAGUGAACAAAGCAUCCACAAUAAAGAACAACGACUUGAUCGCUGGGCAGAGUACUUUAGUGAACAGUUCAAUUGGCCUAGUGCUAAUGUGGUCAUUCCGGCAAUUGCGGCGGAAAUCCCAUGUGAGCCCCCAUCAGAAUUGGAAGUGGACAGUGAUUUCCUUGUUGACUCGAUUAUUAACUUACUUCGCAGCAUUUCAUCGGAGGAGCGUAUCCCUUUGUCCUGGGGUGAAUCGUUGAUCGUCCCGAUCUUCAAGAGUCUCUCGGGCUCCGAAAUGGCCAUUCGUCCCGAACUCCUAGAAAUUCACCCAAACGACCAAGCACCUCAAAUAGCUUCUGCUGAGGAAGUUCUACCCGCUGCCUUCUCGUGGUGGAGGUGUUAA